GGCGGCGCCGGAAGUUGUGUGUGGGGGGGGUGUGUGAGGGAGGGAGAACCGUAGAGAGCGGCGCGCGGGUUCGGUAGCAGGCCGCCGAGGCGAUGCUGCGGGAGGCAGCCCCUUAGCCCCGCACCAUGCCGUUCUCCGACUUCGUCGCGGCGCUCAAGGACAACCCGUACUUCGGGGCCGGGUUCGGCCUGGUCGGGGUGGGCACGGCCCUGGCCCUAGCGCGGAAGGGGGCUCAGUUCGGCCUGGUGGCUUUCAGGCGCCAUUGUAUGAUCACCCUGGAGGUGCCCAGCAAGGAUAAGAGCUACCAGUGGCUGCUGAACUGGAUCUCGCACCACGCCAAGCACACGCAGCACCUGAGCGUCGAGACGUCGUACCUGCAGCACGAGAGCGGGCGCGUCAGCACCAAGUUCGACUUCGUCCCCAGCCCCGGGAACCAUUUCAUCUGGUAUCGGAGGAAGUGGAUUCGCAUCGAGCGCAGCCGGGAGAAGCAGAUGAUCGACCUGCACACGGGAACCCCCUGGGAGUCUGUCACCUUCACGGCGCUGGGCACCGACCGGGAGAUCUUCUUCAACAUCCUGCAGGAAGCCCGGGAGCUGGCUCUGCAGCAGCAGGAGGGGAGGACGAUCAUGUACACGGCCAUGGGGGCGGAGUGGCGGCAGUUCGGCUUCCCCCGCCGCCGGCGGCCUCUCAGCUCCGUGGUGCUAGAGGAAGGCGUGUCGGAGAGGCUGGUGCAGGACGUGAAGGAGUUCAUCGACAACCCCAAGUGGUACAGCGAGAGAGGGAUCCCGUACCGAAGAGGCUACCUGCUGUAUGGCCCUCCCGGCUGCGGGAAGAGCAGCUUCAUCACAGCCCUGGCCGGGGAGCUGCAGUACAGCAUCUGCCUGCUGAGCCUCAGCGACCGCAGCCUCUCCGACGACCGCCUCAACCACCUCCUGAGCGUGGCGCCGCAGCAGAGCAUCAUCCUCCUGGAGGACGUGGACGCUGCCUUCGUCAGCCGGGACCUCGCCGCUGAGAACCCCGCCGCGUACCAAGGCAUGGGGCGCCUCACCUUCAGCGGCCUCCUCAACGCCCUGGAUGGCGUGGCCUCCGCGGAGGCCAGGAUCGUCUUCAUGACCACCAACUACGUGGACAGGCUGGACCCAGCCCUGGUGCGGCCGGGCCGCGUGGACCUCAGGCAGUACGUGGGGCACUGCUCCCGCCGGCAGCUCGCCCGCAUGUUCCAGCGCUUCUACCCCGAGCAGCCCCCGGCCGCAGCCGAGCGCUUCGCGGAGCGGGCGCUGGGGGUCUGCGAGCAGCUCAGCGCCGCCCAGGUGCAGGGCCACUUCAUGCUCUACAAGGCGGACCCCGGGGGAGCCGUCGAAAACGUGGGCUCCAUGCUGCCGUGAGCGGGGUGAGCCCUGCCCUGCCACGCCACGAGGCCUGGGACAAGGAGCGGACCCGUCCCGGGGGCGCCGGGGGGGCUGCCCAGGUCUCUGCUCGCCGAAACCUCGGUGUUUUGUCAACGCGGAGCCGCCAGCCCCGCGGCGGGGCCAGGGGAGCGGCUCUCUCGCUGCUCCCCGGGCUCGGGCGCUGCCGCACAGACCCCGCUCGCCUCCCUCGUGCCGGGACUGUAACGCUGCCGGGGCUUCCGGCUGCGAAACCGUAACACAUCCACCCCCAGGAAGGGGGCGAGAGCCCUGAAGGGAACGUCCCAGGGGCAGGACACGGGGGUGACGUGCCGCUGGAGAGAGCUGCUGGUCUUUGAAGGGAGAGCAGCAGUUCAGUGAUGUGUGAACGUUCUCGGUGAAGCGUACAACAUGGCUCUCGGCUC